GGUGCCUCCUCCUCACCCUUCGAUCAGCUGCCACGUGGUGUCCGCGGCAAGCAUGCGAGCUUCCAUCAUCAGAGACGACGUCGAGGAGAUGGGGGUGUGUUUUCUCCAUGCCCUCCUGCCCCAUGACGCUUCAUCGACGGACUCAUCUUCGGACACACGCAUCACCGAGCUUCUCGACGCCUACGGCGACGUGUUCGAAGGCCCGCACGAAGUAGUACCGGAUCGGCCCAUCCGCCACGAGAUCAUCCUCGAGGACGGGGCUGUGCCUCCGCGUGGUUGCAUCUACCGAAUGAGCGAGGAAGAGCUAAGUGUGCUACGGGCACAACUCGACGACCUUCUUGAGAAAGGCUGGAUUUGGCCUAGCUCCUCGCCAUACGGUGCUCCCGGUCUCUUCGUCCGGAAGAAGAACAAGGAUCUGCGGUUGUGCAUUGAUUAUUGCAAGCUCAACCCGCAAACGGUCAAGAACGCCGGCCCUCUUCCACGCAUUGACGACCUCCUCGAACUGCUGGGCGGCGCCAAGUUCUUCUCCAAGCUAGAUCUCAAAUCGGGAUAUCAUCAACUCGAGAUCCGGCAGGAGGACCGCUACAAGACCACGUUUAAGACGCGAUAUGGGCAUUUCAAAUGGCUGGUUAUGUCGUUUGGCCUUACGAAUGCCCCAUCCAAUUUCCAAGCGGCUAUGACAACGGACCGGAGUUUGGACGAGCAUGUGGAGCACGUGCGCACCGUUUUGGAGCGUCUACGACAAGCCAAGUACAAAGCCAACCGCGACAAAUGCGAAUUCGUGCGGCAGGAGCUGGAGUACUUGGGAUAUUAUGUGACGCCGGAAGGCAUCCGUCCGCUUGCGAAUAAGAUCGAGGCCAUCCGCAUAUGGCCCGAGCCCACCAACACCACGGACGUUCGUUCAUUCAUGGGGUUGGCGGACUACUAUCAGCGAUUUAUCACCGGGUACUCAAGGAUUGCUGCACCUAUGACGAGAUUACAAUCGCCAAAGGUGCCAUUCGUGUUCGAUGAUGACGCACGCCGGUCAUUCCAAGCACUCAAGACGGCCAUGCUCAUGACACCCGUCCUUAGCAUCUACGCCCCCACCCUGCCAACGAGAGUGACAACCGACGCUUCCGGCUAUGGCAUUGGGGCAGUCUUGGAACAACACGACGGCGACGACUGGCACCCUGUGAAGUAUUUUAACCACAAAGUGCCUCCCAUCAAUUCGCUUGAUGAUGCAAGGAAGAAGGAACUGCUCCCGUUCGUGAUGGCUCUCAAGCGAUGGCGGCACGUCCGCCUUGGGCGUCGUAGGUUCAUGGCGGCACUUCCUCCUUGGGCGUCGUAGGUUCACAUGGGUGACGGACAACAACCCAUUGACCUACUACAAGAGGCAGGAUACGGUGAGCAACACGAUCGG